AUGAGUCUUUGCAAGAAGUGUUGGCAAAAAGAUCAGAAGUAUUAUACAAAAUACAAUGAAUCAUUGUCCAACAAGACUCCAGAUAGAUCAUCAACAUCAUCAUUGGAAUCCAACAAUGUCGAUCAAGAUGACAAGGCCAUUGAAGAGGCAAGAUUGGCAUUGAUCCGUAAACAUGAAAAGGCACUUGGUUAUCAUCAUGCCGACACUGCUCCCCUACCACAUAGAUUCACUCUUGAGACAAAGUCACAACUGGCGAUGGCAUUGUCCAAUGUUGGAGAGACAACUUAUCAUUCACUUAGGAACUCAUUUAGAGAUCAUAAGGAUAGACAUUGUAUUGGAACAAGGAGGAAGGUCCCUAUUUCAAAGGAGCAUCCAUACGGACUUGCAGAGUUUGUCUGGAUGACAUAUGAGCUAUUCCAAGAGGAGACUGAGAUGUUGGGCAGGUCAUUAGUCAGUUUGAUACCAUCGAGGUCGUUCGUUGGAAUAUGCGCCAAUAACUGUUAUGAAUGGUAUUGUGCUGAUCUCGCCUGUCUCUGGUAUGGCAUGCCAGUUGUGCCAAUUCAUCAUCAAGUUAAUCAUGAUACAUUGGUGGAGACAUUGUCCAACUCUGAGACAUCAUGUAUGUUUAUAUCAAAUAGUGUAUUACCAUUGCUUGUGGAUAUAUUGGUUGCAAAGGAGUAUGAGGGUAUCAAGUUGAUCGUUCAGAUGGAGGAUACUCUGGACCAGGAUGUCAUAUCAAGAAUACCAAACAAUGUGACCUUCCGUCGCCUGUCAGAGAUGAUCACUGGUGGAUACAAGGUCAAGGAUGUACAUCACAAUCCAAUUCAAUCCUACGAGAUAUUCAGUCUAACCUACACGAGUGGAAGUACAGGACUUCCAAAGGGAGUGAUCAUCAAGGACUCAGAGUUCAAUCAGUCGAUCACAAAGUCAUUCAUCGAGUAUCCAGGCACAUCACUCAGUUUCGCCACACUGUCACAUUCACAGCGCAGAUUUGAUUACAAGAUGCUGUAUCAUGGUGCAAAGAUUGGUAUAUUCUCAGGCAGUAUGGAGUCAUUAUUCGACGACCUCAAGGAGCUGCGACCACACAUCUUCUGGGCAGUGCCACGCAUGUGGAACCUAAUCUACUCUCAAUACCAGAGUGAGUUGGAGCAGUUCACCAAGUCACACCCACUGAGCAGUAGAGAGUACUGUGAGGAGAAGGUUGUCAAGCAGUUCUCACAAGUGUUGGGCAAUCGUGUAAGCUCAAUUGUCACUGGAGGUGCGCCCACAUCCGAGGAUGUCAUGAACUUCAUGAGGAGAUGUUGGCCAAAGACUGGAAUAGCCAACUCUUAUGGUCUGAGCGAGGCCAUUGGAAUAUUUGUAGAUGGAUACGUUGCAGAGGACAUCCAAUUCCGUUUGGAGCCAGUGCCAGAGUUUGGAUACUCGCCAGAAGACAAGCCCAACCCCAGGGGUGAGCUUGUGGUCAAGUCGGCAACAAUGAGCUCAGGAUACUACCGCAAUGAUCAGCUUACCAAUGACUCGAGGACAGAGGAUGGAUGGUUCAAGACAGGCGAUAUUGUCGAGCAACUGGGUCCACGCAAGAUCAAGAUCAUCGAUCGAAAGAAGAAUGCUUUCAAACUAAGCAAUGGAGAGUUUGUCGCACCAGAGCCUCUGGAAAACCACUUCCUGGGCAGUGACCUAAUCGAGCAGAUGUUCAUCUAUGGCAACACAUUGAAGACGUUCCUUGUGGCCGUUGUAAUGCCACGCAAGAGUGUCCUCGAGCAACAUGGUAUCACCAAUGAGUCGACGAUCCAAGACAAAGACAAUUGUCUGCCACUCAAGAACAUCGUAAUGAAGGAGAUCCAAAGGAUAGCAACUGAGAUCAAGUUGGCCAACUAUGAGAUACCAAAGAUUAUUGCCAUUGACAAUACUGUGUGGACUGUGGACAAUCACUUGUUGACUGGAUCUGGAAAGUAUAGUAGGAAUCAUUUGUAUCAAUUCUACAAGGAGAGAAUUAAUACAAUGUAUGACACUAUUGAUUCCAUUCAAGUUGGACUACGUGAUGAUUCAAACAAUGGAGGACUGGUGGAGACCUACCUCAGACAGAUCCUUGGAGUUGACUCGCAACAAGCCAGUGACAUUGAUAUGUCCAAGCUGACCUUCACCAACAUUGGAGGUGACUCACUUGGUGCCAUCAGAUUAUCAAACUUGCUAAAGGAGAAAGCAAACAUCACUGUUUCGCCAGCAUUUAUACUUAACAACAACAAUAACUUGGAGACUUUGGCCAAGAUGGCAAAGGAGAAUAUGGGAGAGGUGGAUGUUCAAACAUCAUUCAUUGAUUGGACCAAGGAGAUGAUGUUGGAUGACACUAUACAGAUCAAUGGAAAGAGUUUAGCACCUUUGAAUGGAACCACUGGCAACAAUGUGUUCUUGACUGGAGCUUCAGGAUACCUGGGAUCAUUCCUUCUGUAUGAGUUGCUCUCACAACAAGGUGUUGACAAGGUCCAUUGUCUCGUUCGAGGUACCUCCAGCAUGGAGGAGGCCAAGGAUAGACUGAUCAAUCUACUCAACAAGUACAAACUGAGCUUGACCGAGCAGCAGGCAAGUCGAAUCAUACCAGUCCUUGGAUGUCUGGAUCAACCACUGUUCGGACUGUCCAUUGAUGCAUUCACUCAGCUGGCCAACCAAGUCAAUCUAAUUCUACAUAAUGGUGCAGUUGUCAACAUGGUCAUCCCAUAUCCAAACAUGAAGGCCACCAAUGUGCUUGGCACACAAGAGAUUAUUAGACUGGCCUGCGCUGGUAGCUACAUCAUCCGUGUGGCACAUGUAUCAACCAUUGGCACAUUCUCAGACAGAUCCUCAGUGAUCACCGAGGCCAGCACACCAACAUUGGAUAACCUUGACAUGAUGAACGGUUAUAAUCAGUCCAAACUGAUUGCUGAGCAACUGGUCAAACAAGCGCAGGUCAGAGGUGUACCCGUGUUAAUGUUUAGACCGGCCACUGUAUAUGCCAAUUCUGCCACUGGUGUUGACAACCCCAAUGACUUUGUUAGGCUACUACUCAAGGGUAUACUACACAUGUCUGCCUAUCCACUCAUCGAGAGUACGAUUGGAGGUGGUGGCGAAAACUACAAUACUGCCGUGGCCAGCAAUAUCAAGGUGUUCCAUAUCAUCAAUGAGACUUCAGUAUCUUUGGAUGAUCUGUGUACGGGUAUCUCUACAAUGAGACCACUCAAACAAGUGGACUAUUCAGAUUGGAAGGCCAGCCUUGUGUCACAGCCAGACAAUCCACUUCAUCCAAUGAGCAUGGUGUUCCGCUUUGGAUUCCCAGGCUUUGGACGCUUUGGCUACAAGAAUCCGGCGACCAUCACUCAAUUGGAGCGCAUUGGCAAGGCCAAGUGCCCGCCAGUCACACAGGCCAUCAUCCAACGCAACAUUGAGUAUCUGUUACAAGAGCAGCCACAAGAAUAA